AUGGAUGUUUCCACACAAUUGGAAGUUAAACAGCAAAGCUUAACAGUUGAAAAAGCAGUCCCUUUAGAAUUUGACUUGGCAUUGCUUGCAGGGUUUGAUAUAAACAGUUUGGACGAAGAUCGAUUAAGGCAGAAAACCGACGAAUAUUUAAAAGAAUACUCAAGAGACGGAACACAAUUGAUAAUAAACGAAAUAUUUAAAUUACCGACAGAUUCAACGGAAGAUGGUACUUUUGCAGAGUUGCCAGAUCAAAUUACAAAAAUACCCCGAGAGAAACCGGAUUUUGCGUACACACUUUCGUCAUUCUAUUUGUUAAUUAAUCAUGUUCCGAAGCCGAAACCAUUGACAAGAUGGGAGAAAUUUGCCAAACUUAAAGGCAUACAGAAUCGCAAGAAGUCACGUAAAGUCUUUGAUGAGGCUACUGGUGACUGGGUGCCCCGAUGGGGAUAUAAGGGUGCGAACGAUGAUGGAAUAAACAAUUGGUUGAUACCUGUUCCUCAGAAUGCCGAUCCUUACGAAGAUCAAUUUGCGAAGAGGAGAGCGGACAAGAAAGAAAGGGUUCGUAAGAAUGCAACGAGACAUAUGAGAAACCUGGAGGAAGCCGCAAGGGGUGCUACUAGGGGAUCUGACCAAAAAUUGGCGAAGAAGGAAGAGUUAACGAAAAAGAUAUCAAUAAGUAAAACUGCAACAGCAAGCCUUGGAAGAUUUGAUAAACCAUUAAAAGGAGAACCUAAAAUGAAGGGCGUGAAACGGAAGUUUGAUCCACUUAUUACAGAUAUGAAUAAGGAAAAAGAAGCAAAUCUGAGUAUUGUUAAUGGAAUUUUUGGGAAGAAGGAUAAACCAGAUAUAAUAAAUGCUCGUAAGGCACGUAACAUGGCAUAA